UUGGUCUGGUACUUGCAGUAGGUAGGAUGAAAACAUAUUGCUCUGUCCAUUCUUCCUUGAAACGUCGGUUUUCCCUGUCCACCUUUCUUUUACCAGCCUGAGCCAACUUGGAGCAUGCCAUUGUGAUUUGAUUCACAUUCAGUGACUGACAAGUGAACAGUUAGCGAAGUAGCGAUACGAGACAACUGUGUGCCUGCAGCGAAAGGUUCCAUGCACUGUGCACAUGACCCAGGCGGUAACAGCCUAUCAGCGCGUCGUUGUGAAAGAGAUGACAACCCAUACCCCGGAAUUAGCCAAUCAGAGUGGCGUUCUCUCGCUCUCACUCCGUCUCUCUCUCUUUCUUUCUCUGAGAGAGAGAGAGAGAGAGAGACGGAGUGAGUGAGACACGAGAAGUGUAAACGAAACGUGGAGAUAUUUGACUAAAAACAACAAAGAACGUUGACUUGCGCUAGCGAUAACUCACAGAUAAAUACAAUUAUUAUAUUUUUUUAUAAUAAUUAUAAUUAUAAUAAUAAAAAAAACAUUUUUUUAUUUUAUUUUUAUUUUUUUUACUAUAAUUCGUGCUGGGUCCGGACGGACACGUCGCUGGGUCCAGACAUGGACCGCGGUCCGCCUGUUGAGGAUCACUGCCCUAGAUAAAUGAUGGUUAAAUAAAUAUGUAAAUACUUGUAGACAAGGAAGUGAGGACGGCGGUGUGUUGCUAAAUGUUCACUCUUACAUUACCUAGAAGGCUUAGCGUGGAGAUAGGAACAGGAAGUAGGUCUGAGCUACACUAUAUUGCCAAAAGUAUUUGGCCACCCAUCCAAAUGAUCAGAAUCAGGUGUCCUAAUCACUUGGCCCGGCCACAGAUGUAUAAAAUCAAGCACUUAGGCAUGGAGACUGUUUCUACAAACAUUUGUGAAAGAAUGGGACGCUCUCAGGAGCUCAGUUAUUUCCAGCGUGGAACCGUCAUAGGAUGCCACCUGUGCAACAAAUCCAGUCGUGAAAUUUCCUCGCUCCUAAAUAUUCCAAACUCAACUGUCGACUUUAUUAUAAGAAAAUGGAAGAGUUUGAGGACAACAGUAACUCAGCCACCAAGUGGUAAGCCACGUAAACUGACAGAGAGGGGUCAGUGGAUGCUGAAGCGGAGUUGGGCUUGGCCCCUUAGUUCCAGUGAAAGGAACUUUGAAUGCUCCAGGAUACCAAAACAUUUUGGACAAUUCCAUGCUCCCAACCUUGUGGGAACAGUUUGGAGCGGGCCCCUUCCUCAUCCAACAUGACUGUGCACCAGUGCACAAAGCAAGGUCCAUAACGACAUGAAUGACAGAGUCUGGUGUGGAUGAACUUGACUGGCCUGUACAGAGUCCUGACCUGAACCCGAUAGAACACCUUUGGGAUGACUUAGAACGGAGACUGAGAGCUAGGCCUUCUCGACCAACUCUCAGUGUGUGACCUCACCAAUGCACUUUUGGAAGAAUGGUGGAAAAUUCCUGUAAACACACUCCGCGACCUUGUGGACAGCCUUCCCAGAAGAGUUGAAGCUGUAAUAGCUGCAAAAGGUGGACCGACAUCAUAUUGAACCCUAUGGGUUAGGAAUAGGAUGACACUUGAAGUUCAUAUGUGAGUCAAGGCAGGUGACCAAAUACUUUUGGCAAUAUAGUGUAUGUGGCAGGAUGACACUUGUGCUGUUUGAGCAAUAGAUAGUUAAUAUGUUGUUGUAUUCUAAAUGUUGCUGUUCCUGCUUCAGCUACACAAGACAUAAACAGAAGUUUAGAUUGGACAGUUGAUGUACGCGUGUGAGUGUCGCUCAGAGACAAAUUUGGUGAAAAUGAGGCUGACUGGCCAAAAUGUGCGUGGACGUUGGACAAAGUUGUGAUUCUUGGACAGACUGAUUGGCUGAUUAGCAACACUAAAUCGGCCCUAGUGUGUGAAUGUUGUACAGAAAUGCCGAGAAGCUUGAUUGGAUAGUGUUGUAAUUUGACCUUUGAACUGAGCUUUGGUAGCUCUAAGUCAUAGCCCUCGUAAACUACUGUAGCUUGUCCCUUUACAACAGCAGAUGGCGCUGCUUCUAGACUACUGCAGCUUGUAAAUGCAGCGUGAUAUAAUACUGUAUAAUGGUUGUACUAAAUAGAAAACAUGAUGUCUCUCACUUCAUAAAAUACUUCUAAUAUUAUUAGAGCGAUGAUUUCCUCUCCAUUGGUUAACAUUUUAUCAAAUGAGGGAAGUGCAAACAGUGGCCCCUUCCUCCUCCUCCUCCAUCAAGUUACCAUGGAAAUAUGACUUCCUCUAAGGGCUUGUCUCCGCUCUCUGAUGGGACAUCACUACUGUGCCCUAAACCAGCAUGAAGGACACACUUUGUGUUGAGGGUUCUCUAUUUGGUGAGUUAAGUGUGAAAACUUUAUGUUGUGAAUGAUAUCCAGUGUGUCUGUAGUCGUCAUUAUUAACAACAUUGUCUUGCAGGCUCGACGGGACAAGGUAAUUAUUUGUACUCCUGUUGGAGGUGGAGCUAGUUUAAUGUUUCUUUAUGUCUUCAACAGAGUGUGCCUCCUGUUAUCUCAUCAGCAUGCAGUCUGUCGUAGGAAUUAUUGCCUGCGAUAUCAUCUUGACCGUCCUCAUCGCUAUUUCUAUCUUCUGCUUUGUGACCCUCUACAAGAGGAAAGCAGAACAGAACGUCGGAUCAUCCGCCAAUGAAAAAACAGCAGAGUCAACAGAAUCUCCCUACCAGGAGUUACAUGGAGUCCAAUCAGAUGUGUACAGUGAACUUCAAGACUUUAGGAAGUGAAACUUUGUAUCCUAACACUGUUGUCACUUGUGCAUUGAAAUAUGUUAAAGAUUGUUGUUUAUGAUUUCA